UUCAAGAUGGCGGCCGAAGUAGAGUCACACGAGAUCGAAGAAGAAAAUGCUGGCGAGACGAAGGCAAAAAUCAGCUAUCCUUUAUCAGUACUUUACUGUGGAGUAUGUACUAUGCCAAUCGAGUAUUGCGAGUUCAGCCCUGAAUCUGAAAAAUGUAAAGAAUGGUUAAUGUCAAACCAUCCAGAAGUGUUUGAUGACUUGAAUAAAGCUGUUGAUGGAGUGGGGUCAUUGGAUAUCAGUGACAAAGAUAAAAAACGACAAACUAGAGGUGGAAGAGGAAAAAUAAAAUUGCCAAAGAAAAAGAAUGCUCCAAAGUUAAUCCAAAUUUCAAGAACACAAAGAAAUAAAAAGAAAUACGUUACCAUAGUAACAGGUCUUUCAACAUUUGAUAUCGAGCCCAAGAAAGCYGCAAAGGCCUUUGCUCAGCGGUUCUCUUGUGGGGCAUCAGUAAGUGGUGAAGAUGAAAUUUCCAUUCAAGGAGAUGUUACAGAUGACCUAUGGGACUUCAUUCCUGAAAACUGGAAAGAGAUUGAUGAAGAUAGUAUAGAGGACUUGGGAGACAUAAAAAGAUGAUAAAUCUACCUGGAUGUCCAUAAAAAUUUUCAUUUCGCAGCUGAAAGCUCAAUAUUUACUUUUAAACACUCAGAUAAUUUUUCCUUUCCAAUUUUCGAUUCCCAACAUUUGUUUUGUCCAUGAAUGCUAAAAUCAACUUGUUACGUCUUAUUCCUGAUCAAUAUUUUUUGUUAAGUAUAUUGAUGUCAGCAGAAAUUCUUUAAUUUUUUAGAGCAAUUUAUUCAUGUUCAAAAAGAAACUGCUGAUAUAAUAUGAUAUAAUAUAUAGCAGCCUGAGAUGUGCCAGUAAAUUAAAUACAUAAAUGUGGCCUCAAGUGCUGUCUUCCUUUUUCUUUAGUUGCAAUAGGAACACUAAGAAGAAAAGAUGUUAAACCCAAUACCUUUAGGAAAUGUGGAUUAUUUAAAUAACRMUAUCCCUUGAUAAUUAAUUAUUGAUAAUCAAUUAAUAAUCACAGGCCACUUAUAAUUAAAGUGUUUACAUGCAAGGAGUUUUUUGAAUGACUAUGCUACUUCAAAUUUGAAAUUCUAUUGCGCUACAGAAACAACCUCUGGGCUGAUCAACGUCAGGCCAGAUCUAACUCACAGAUCAAACCUCACAAACCUCAUCAAACUGGACUAUGGAAAAAAAAGCAUAUUAAACUUGAAAAUGGAAUAUGAUUGAAAGUGAUUGUGCUGAUACUGUUUAAUCAUGAAUUAACAAUGUCAUUAAGACAAUAUUUUCCAAACUAUGCAUAAAACACAAGAAAUGUUUGACCCUUCACAGGGGCAAGUCCAGAAAUUUAAAGGGGGUUUCUGAAAUGAAGCAAGUGAUGACAUAGUGACUUCAUCAAUAAUAAUGUUCUGACUUUA